GAGAGAGAGAGAGAGAGUUAUAGAACUUUAUCAUGUGGAAAUUAAAAGUUGCGGAGGGAUCAAACCCAUGGUUGCGUUCAGUAAAUGGACACGUGGGCCGCCAAAUAUGGGAGUUUGAUCCGGAUCUGGGUUCUCCUGAAGACCUGGCUGAAAUCGAGAAGCUUCGCGAGGAAUUUCACAGUCAUCGAUUUGAACAGAAGCAUUCUUCUGAUCUUCUCAUGAGACAUCAGUUCUCAAGGGAUAAUCCGAGCAACACAAAUUUUCCCCAAGUAAAAGUAAAAGAUUUGGAGGAUGUUACUGAAGAUAAAGUAGUCAAUACUUUGAGGAUGGCCAUCCGUUUCUAUUCAACUCUGCAGGCCCAUGAUGGUCAUUGGCCAGGCGACUAUGGAGGCCCUAUGUUUCUUAUGCCUGGCUUGGUUAUUACAUUAUCAAUUACUGGGGCAUUAAAUGCAAUACUUUCGAAGGAGCACAAGCGUGAGAUUUGCCGCUAUCUCUACAAUCAUCAGAACAGAGACGGUGGAUGGGGUCUGCACAUUGAGGGGCCAAGCACCAUGUUUGGUUCUGUUCUGACCUACGUUACUUUGAGAUUGCUUGGUGAAGGACCAAAUGAUGGAGACGGAUCAAUGGAGAAAGGUCGAGACUGGAUUUUGAAUCAUGGUGGUGCUACUGCAAUAACAUCUUGGGGAAAGAUGUGGCUUUCGGUGUUGGGGGCCUUUGAAUGGUCUGGAAACAAUCCUUUGCCACCCGAAAUUUGGCUUCUUCCAUAUAUUCUUCCAUUCCAUCCAGGAAGGAUGUGGUGUCAUUGUCGAAUGGUUUAUCUCCCCAUGUCCUAUUUGUAUGGGAAAAGGUUUGUUGGUCCAAUCACCCCCACAAUUGUGUCUCUAAGGAAGGAACUCUUUACAGUUCCAUACCAUGAAAUAGACUGGAAUAAAGCUCGCAACGAGUGUGCAAAGGAAGAUCUAUACUACCCGCACCCUGUUGUACAAGAUAUACUUUGGGCAUCUCUUCACAAGGUUGUGGAACCUAUUAUGUUGAAUUGGCCAGGGAAGAAGUUGAGAGAGAGAGCUCUUAAUACUGUUAUGGAGCAUAUACAUUAUGAGGAUGAAAACACUCGUUACAUAUGCAUUGGCCCCGUAAACAAGGGAUACAAUGGAAGUCAGUUGUGGGAUGCUUCCUUUGCUGUUCAGGCUAUAAUUUCAACAAAACUUGUUGACGAAUUUGGGCAAACACUAAGAAAAGCUCAUACAUACAUAAAGAAUUCACAGGUGUUGGAUGAUUGCCCAGGCAAUCUAGAUGAUUGGUAUCGUCACAUUUCCAAAGGUGCCUGGCCAUUUUCCACUGCAGACCAUGGUUGGCCUAUUUCAGAUUGCACUGCUGAGGGACUGAAAGCAGUUCUGUUGCUUUCAAAGUUACCAAAUGAAGUUGUUGGUGAACCACUUGAUCCCAAACGGUUGUACGAUGCUGUGAAUGUUAUUCUUUCACUACAGAAUGUAGAGGGAGGCUUCGCAACUUAUGAAUUGACAAGAUCCUAUAGUUGGUUGGAGCUAAUCAAUCCUGCUGAAACUUUUGGCGACAUUGUCAUUGAUUAUCCCUAUGUUGAGUGCACUUCGGCUGCUAUUCAGGCACUAACAGCAUUUAAGAAAUUAUACCCUGGGCAUCGCAAAGUGGAAGUUGAGCGGUGCAUAGAGAAAGGUGCAAAAUUCAUUGAAAAAAUUCAAGCAGCCGAUGGCUCCUGGUAUGGUUCUUGGGCAGUUUGCUUCACUUAUGGAACAUGGUUUGGGGUAAAGGGCCUGGUGGCAGCUGGUCGAACUUUUAAUAGUUGCUCUGCCAUUCCCAAGGCUUGUGAUUUUCUGUUGUCUAAACAACUCCCCUGUGGCGGCUGGGGAGAGAGUUACCUUUCAUGUCAAAACAAGGUGUAUAGUAAUUUAGACGGGAACAUGUCUCAUGUGGUAAAUACAGGAUGGGCUAUGCUGGCUCUCAUUGACGCUGGGCAGGCUGAGAGAGAUCCCUUGCCAUUGCACAGAGCAGCCAAAGUCCUAAUAAAUUCGCAGUGUGAAAAUGGUGACUUUCCACAACAGGAAAUAAUGGGGGUCUUCAACAAGAAUUGCAUGAUCACAUAUGCUGCAUAUAGGAAUAUUUUCCCUAUUUGGGCGCUUGGAGAAUACCGUUCCCGGGUUCUACAAACUCAAUGA